UAGUUGAUAGUAUUUUAUCCAUUCUAAUCACAGAUUUUAAUUUUGCACCAUAGUUUUAAUAAAAUUAAAUGCAUCUCUAGUAAUGUCACGACGCAGCACAGCUGACGGAUACAAUGAUUACAGUGACGUUUACAAGUGACUGUCAAAUAUUUUGGUGAGGUUAUAUAUCUGUAAGAAUUAGCUCAAAUAUAUUUAAUAAUGGAAAAUCAUAAUUUAAGUUGUGAGCCAAUGGACAUCGAUACUAGCGGUCAUUCUGUUCGAGACAUGGAUAUUUCUUAUGAUGAGCCGUUCUAUAUGUCGAAAGUUAUAAAAACUGAAAAAGAAGAUUUCCCCACUGAAGAUAUACAACCAAUUAGCGACAAUACGAUCUCGGAUAACCAACCAACUGUAAAGAAAUUUCAUAUAAACAUACAGAGACCAACCAAAAGUUACAAGAAUGUUUUGUUCCAGCCAGUUUACAUUGGUACGGCGAUAUUAGUGUCCAUAUUUGCACUACAUAUCUAUAGUUUAAACUGCUUUAAUGAUAUCAACAUAGAAGAGUUAAGAAAGACACUUACGAACCAAGUAUUUGGCCAGCCAGAAGCUAUAAAUACAAUACUGGAGACAUUAGAACAACAAGAGCAAAGUAAACUUAUUAUAUUCUCAGGAGGAACUGGUGUUGGGAAAACCUUAGUAUCUUCUGUCUUGUUGAAUAGUCUGGGGCCAUGUUCUAAUGUAUAUCACUAUACUAUGCCCAGUUUUGCAAAUACAUUCUCAACAGACUUUAUGUAUGGUCUGACCAUGUGUAAGAAGUCAUUGCUAAUAGUGGAUGACUUAACCGCUAAUGAUAUUAUACAAACCAAAAUACUAAUACAGAAAGUUAUUGAAAAGAGUGAAAACUUAGGAAAAGUAACCACGGUGAUUUUAAUAUAUAACUGUUAUGAAUCUACUGCAGAUUUUAAAAGAAACUGUGGUGAGUCUUUUCGUCAUAAAUUAUUGGAGAACCUCAGCGAGAUAAAAGUUCCAAUAAGGUUUGUUGAAUUCAAACCUCUUACUAAGUAUCACUUGAAGCAAUGUAUCAAGCAGGAGCUAGCUGACAGACAACUGAGUGACAGGGAAUUGGAGGAUGUGUUGAAAAACUUCAAUGUAGAUGUUGACGGCUGCAAAGGUGUUCACUCUAAGAUGAAGUAUUUGAAUAUUGUUUGAGGUAUGUUCUUAUUUUGUAAACAUUUGCCAAUGUAUUGUAGUCAUUUCAAAACAGGUUGUGAGUGUAAUAUUGUAGUGGAUUCCCAUUGUAUGUAUAUAGUUAUAUUGAUUAAAAUAAUUGUAGAUAGUAUGUAUAGUGUAUAAUAUAAUAUAAAUUAUAUCUUUA